CCAAUGAUCUGUAACAAAAAGGGGAAUAAAAUGUUGGGUCUGUCGGAUUUACCAUCGGUGAGAAAUUGGGUUGAUCGGCCUCUGCGUUGGACGGGGCAGUGGAUAUUCAACACAGAAGAAUUCUAGUUGAGAAGCUCAAAGCGAACGUCACAGCAGGAUCUGCCAGAAUUUUCCUGAAGAAGGGCUUAUGCCCGAAAUGUCGAUUCUCCUGUUCCUUGGAUGCUGCCUGACCUGCUGCGCUUUUCCAGCAACACAUUUUCAGCUCUGCCAGAAUUACCCAAUUUACUGUAACUUGAGUAUCAUUGGGUUCUGAACAUGGAAGAUAAAGGCAGCGGAGAAAAACCGUACAGAUGUUCUAUGUGUGGGCGAGGUUUCAAGCGAUCAUCUGGCUUGUCGAGACACAAAUGCAUUCACUACGGGGAAAAGCCCUGCAAAUGUGCGGACUGUGGGAAGCGAUUCACUUACCCAUCCCAGUUGGAAACACAUCAGCACAGUCACACUGGGGAGAAACCAUGGAAAUGUAGGGACUGUGGGAAGGGAUUCAAUUAUCCAUCCGAACUGGAAAUUCACCGGCGCAGUCACACUGCAGAAAAGCUGUUCACCUGCUCUGAGUGUGGGAAGGAUUUUGCUCACUUUCACACCCUGCUGAUACACCAGAGAGUUCACACUGGGGAGAGACCAUUCACCUGCUCCAAGUGUGGGAAAGGAUUCAGUACGUCAUCCCAUCUGCUGAUACACCAGCGGGUUCACACUAAGGAGAGACCUUUUAAAUGUCCAGACUGUGAGAAGUGCUUUAAAAGUUCUGGGGAACUGAUGUCUCAUCAGCGUGUUCACACUAAUGAGAGACCAUUCAGAUGCAUUCAAUGUGGGGCUAGAUUCAGGCACUCAUCUCAAUUAACUGUACACCAGCGAGUUCACACUGGGGAAAGACCGUUCUCUUGCUCCAUGUGUGGGAGAAGAUUCACUCAAUCGUCUGACUUACUGAAACACCACCGGGUUCACACUGACAGGAGACCUUUUAAGUGUACAGGCUGUGGGAAAAGCUAUAAAAGUGCUGGGGAACUUACGUCCCAUCAAAGGACUCACACUGGCGAGAGACCAUUCAUGUGCUCUCACUGUGGGACUGGGUUCGGGCGGUCAUCUCAGCUCACAGAACACCAGCGAGUUCACACCGGAGAGAGACCAUUCACCUGCCGUGAGUGUGGGAGUAGCUUCACUCGGUCGUUCAACCUGCUGAGACACCGCCGAGCUCACACCAGGGAGACACCGUUCACCUGCUCAGAGUGCGGGAAGGAAUUCACUCUCUCAGCUCACCUGGUGCUGCACCAGUGCAGUCACACUGGGGAGAAACCGUGGAAAUGUGGGGAGUGUGGGAAGGGAUUCACUUACCCAUCCAAACUGGAAAUUCAUCUACGCUGUCACACUGGCGAGAGGCCGUUCAUGUGCUCAGAGUGUGGAAAAGGCUUUGCUCAUUAUUCCAACCUGCUGUCACAUCAGCGCGUUCACACCGGGCAGAAGCCGUUCACCUGCCCACAGUGUGGGAAGGGAUUCACUCGGUCAUCUAAUCUGCUGACACACCAGCGAAUUCACACAGGGGAGAGGCCGUUUGCCUGCCUGCAGUGCGGGAAGGGAUUCACUCGGUCAUCGCAUCUGCUGAGACACCAGCGAGUAAACGCUGGAGAGAGACCGUUCACCUGCUCUGACUGUGGGAAGGGAUUCACUCAGUCGUCCGACCUGCUGACACACCAGCGGGUUCACACUGGGGAGAGGCCAUUCACGUGCUCAGAAUGUGGGAAGGGAUUCACUCAGUCAUCCCACAUGCUGAGGCACCAGCGAGUUCACAAGUAACUGCAAUCCAGGGAUUUUGCCGAGUCACAUCCAUGAACCAUGGUCACCAGGUUCCACUUGUGCUGUUAAUAACCCCAGCCCUCUUGUCGAUGUUAAUACUGUUGUUUAAAAUUCUAACACAUUUGUGGAUCUGUAGGAUGAGAUUGAGGACAUUAUUCCAACUUGCAACUUGGUAGAGAUUGCAUAGUGUGUGAAAAACCGUUUUGAGUCAUCGGGACUGAUGAAACAUCAACCUGUAGCUAAGUCAUUGGAUUUUGAUGCUGUUGACACUCAGCUUUUUACCAUGUUUUCUGGGGUCUGUUUCUGAUGAUGUUUAUAAAUACCAGUUCGGUUAUAUGUGUGGGAUAAAAUCAAAUAAAUAGGCUUUCUGUUAAA